UGGAGGCUGUGACGUCACAGAGGCAGGCGGGCUCCUUCCCUUCGCUCCUGGAUGCCUCCGCUGAGCCUGCUGAGCCCCGCCAGUCUUUGGUGAAAGCAGAAGCGGCCGGAGCCAAGGAGAAGGAGAGGGAGCCAAGGCGCAGGCGCAGAAGGGGCGUCCAGGCUGGGGGCCCGCUCCGGAGAAGGGGAUGCGGAGGGGGGCCGACCGCAGCAACAGGAACAGCCGCCCUAGCAACAGCGUCCAUCCUAGCCGGUCAUUGGAGGGGCGCGCCGAGGGAUGCGUGAAGAAUGACACACGUCCUUUGUCAAGACGUAUUAGACUUGAAUAAAACUCAAAAUCAAUAAAGUUUCAAGAAGAAGUAAAAGGGGAUCCCCUAUCACUGCCCUGAUGCUAAGGGACUUUAUUUUACCAAUAAUGGAAGUGGAUGGCUGGGAGUGGCUGGUGGCACCAGUGCAUCAACUGAUAUCCUGGGGUGCAUCAGCAGCCAUGGUGUUUGGAGGCGUGGUGCCGUACAUCCCACAGUACCGGGAUAUUAAAAGGACCCAGAAUGCAGAGGGUUUUUCAACCUACGUGUGUUUAGUAUUAUUAGUUGCAAACAUUUUAAGGAUACUCUUUUGGUUUGGGAGGCAUUUUGAGUCUCCACUACUGUUGCAGAGCAUUAUAAUGAUAAUCACAAUGUUAUUGAUGCUGAAACUGUGCACUGAAGUACGGGUGACAAAUGAGCUGAACAUAAAGCGGCGCUCCUUUUCAGCUGCAGAUAGUAAAGAUGAAGAAUUCAAAACACCUCCCAAGAGAUCCUUUCUGGGGUUUCCACCAAGAAUAAAAGAUUUUGACUUGAACUACUUCUGGCACUGGAACAAGUUUACAGAUUAUGUGCAGUGUGUCCUGGCUUUCACUGGAGUAACAGGAUACAUCACUUACCUUUCUCUUGACUCAGUGGUCUUUGUUGAAACUCUUGGCUUCCUCGCUGUAUUCACUGAAGCCAUGCUGGGUGUCCCACAGCUCUACCGAAACUACCAGAAUAGGUCAACUGAAGGAAUGAGUGUUAAGAUGGUGCUGAUGUGGACCAGUGGUGACACUUUCAAGACGGUGUACUUCCUCCUCAAUCAGGCUCCCUUCCAGUUCUCCAUCUGCGGACUUCUUCAGGUCUUUGUGGACAUGGCCAUCCUGUUGCAGGUUUAUUUCUACAGCUGCUACCCACAGAAGCCAGUUUCACACACAACACACCCAGCCAGUACAAAGGCACUUUAAAGCACAACUAUAAGUCGAAACGUUUGGAGCCAGGCUUUCAGCAUCACUUCUUCUAACUACGAUGUUUCUGGAAAUAGCAGCAUCAGAUAUGGAAACCUGUAAGGGUACCAUAGCUGGAAUUGCUUUUAAUGAUUUACUUUGCUUGGGUUGCAUACUUAUUUACAUGGAUUUUCAUCUUUAGGACUUUCUCAUCCCUUCCUGCCCUAUCUGUGGGUAGAAUCGAAUUUUAUUUACUUCACUUUGUAUUUGUGCACGUGUAUGUAUCACAAGGGCUGGAUGUUGCUGUUUUCAAUGCUGUUUUUUAAAAAGCUCAGUCACAAGAACCAGAGUAUUUUGUCUGAAGCUUUAACCUAUUUAUAUAAAAUAUGUAUAUGAGUAGUAGUUUUGGAGUGUCUGUUAUAUUUCAGAUAUGACUGAUGAAGGCAAUGCAUUCACCGCAAGGGAGAAUGCAAAAUCAUUUUUUAAAAAAAAUGAUCGGUAUGAUUGCUUUUGGGUGGAGGAGGCUGAAGCCUGGGAAGAAAAGGGGCAGUGUAAAGAAAUGUAUUUUAUUCAGUAUAAAUGUGUUAUUAACAUAUAUACCUGCACACUGCUGGACCAGUGUGAUCAAUGAAUAUAUAUCAAAGAGGAAUGGUCAUAGUAUGGGUGAUUCUCCAGACAAUGGUAAAAUACAAAUCAGAAAUCAAUAUUUGGUAACUGGUAUUUAGACAGAUGGAGAGAAAGGAAGAAAUCUAAUAAUGUGUAGUAGCAUUUCUGUUCCAACAGCUCAACUCAUUAGAGAGCCGAGGGGAAAAAUGUAAGAGGCUGAAAAACCCUGUAGAGUGAUACUGAAAGAACCACUGAUGGAUUUAUAACAACAGUGAUGUGAAAAUGGCAAAGCCAGAAAGUAUGUAACUUGGGACUCAUCAACACUCUUUGUGCCAGUAUACCUCUUGGGUGGAAAACCCAACAAAGUUUAUUAGUUGUGUCUUCCCAUAGUGCACUGAGCUUUCUUGAUGUUCUAACCCAGUGGUUCUCAACCUGUGGGUCCCCAGGUGUUUUGGCCUACAACUCCCAGAAAUCCCAGCCAGUUUAGCAGCUGUUAGGAUUUCUGGGAGAUGAAGGCCAAAACAUCUGGGGUCCCGUAGGUUGAGAACCACUGCUCUAACCAAUGGGACUUUCAGUAUAACUUGAAGGAGGAGAGACCCAUUAUGUGGUAGAAGAGCAGUAGCCUAGUGAUGUAUCACAGAUCUAGUUGGAGGAAAACCAGAAGUAUGAACUUCUCCUAAGUAUUAUUUAAUGCCAAAUCAAACCAUUUUGUGUUAUGGAGAAAGUUUUUGUAGUAGCCAAAUAUUGGAGAGGAAGAGAAACAUAAUUUAAGUAAGAACCAUAGGCAAACUGCUGUGAUGGUGAAAGAAUGGAAAAGUGGGUGAUGAUCUAUAUUAUUUCCAUGCAGUGUAGAUGAGAGAUAAGGAGAAUCUGUAUUUAAUUUUUUGGUCAAUUUCAGAUUUAUGUAAUACUUUCCUGAGAACUUGAUCUGGACUUAAAUGCAAGCACAGUGCAGCUUGAAUUGUUCCAUUUUUCAAGCUCCUUGCCUUUUGACAGUUGCUUUGACCCCAAUGAGGUGAACACAUAAUCAUGCUGUGGUUCAGGAACUGUUCUGUUUCCUUAAAAAAAAAUCUAUGGUGUUCAGAAACUUGGAUUCUUCAUUGUUUAACGUGUUUUUCCAGAUAAAUCCUGCAUGGGGAUGACAUUUCAGGUCAGCAGCAGACACUCUGUGAAAUUGUUGCUCUCUUUCCCAAAAGUGUUCCAAAGAAUAAAUUACUUUGUGUGCCUGAGAAUCUGAUCCACAAAACUUGCUUUCAGUUGGGCAUUUUAUGUGCUUGAUGCAUUUGGCUGUGCCAAAUAUCCUUUGUCUUUAAGAGACAACAAGAUUUCAUUGUAGUGAGAGUAUCAAACCUUGUCAAGGAUUUUACUUUAAUUUUUACGAAGCUCAUUUGCCUUCUGUGCCCAUACAUUUGGCUUUCCAAAUUCUUCAUCUGUUAAGUACAGAGAAACCUCAAAACUGGCUGGGCUUCCUCUUCUACAAGUCAAACCUUCUGUAUCUGGCAGCUUAAAAGUGCAGGAAAAUGGCCCACCCAGGUAAAGAGGUUGGAUACUUCCACUCUACAGAAGCCUGUAAUAGAUUUCUUCCUAGCAAUUACAUAAAACCUCAGGAAAGCUGCUUUCAAUAAAAGCUUGGUGUGAAGCACUAUGUAGAGUUGACCGUAGACUUUAUGCUAUUGAUUGGCUCCCAUGCUUAUUCAACUUGUGCCUGAAGUGACCUUACCAAGCUGAUUUUAUGUGGCAUGGCAUAAUAUGAAUGUUUAAUUGCUCUCCUUUUCAUAAAUGUUCUGGCUAUGUUUGAACUUCUGGGCAUUUGUCUUUUAAAUUAUAAAUUUCCAUCAUUGUUCUAUUUCCCUGGUAUGAUGCUGCAGUUAGGAUUGUACUUCUAUUUGUAUGACAGGAUUUCUUAUAAUAACUUGCUAUGCUGGACUUUAUUUUUGUACUGGGCACUCUCCCAACCACCCCCUUCUUUGAAGAGGUCUGGUAUUAAACUAAGCAUUAGCUUAGCCUGUGCAGAUCCCCAAUGUCUCGUUGUACAGCAGGUCUCACUGAAGGUGAAAUUACUACUAUUUUUCUUCUUCUGGAAUGCUGUGUACCAGUUCCCUUCUAAUGGCAAUAGAGCAGUCAUGAUGCUCGGGCUGCAAAAACAUCAGAAAAUUCAGUAGAUUUGUAUUAAAAAAGCAUGAGUGAACUUUCCUGAAUUUGACAAUACAUUUCGGCAAAAGAUCAAAUACUAUUUUUAAGAUUUCCAUUAUAUACCAUAUCUUGACCAGUAUCAGUUGAUAUCAGUGGGAUUAUUGCUACCGACUGUAGAGAUGGGGAGACUAAUUGUUGGGGUGUUUUCCUGCAGCUUGCCAGCACAGAGCUUUGUUAUGUGAAAACAUCCUGUGAUGUCUGCCCACAUGAAUGCACCAUCGUAAACUUUCUCCCAGUCACAGGGGAACUAUUCACAUAUAAGCAACUCCCGCACACCUGGGAGAACCUCUAUAAAGAGCAUCUCAGUGGUCGGAGAACCAUAUCCUUUAACACACUGCAAAACGUUUUUCACGGGGGGAAAAACCUUGAAAUGCUUAUCACACCAGAGUUUGGUUGUAAGUAAAUUUUAAAUGCAUCUCUUGAAUGUAUGGAGCACUCAUUUUGACUAUCAGUUACAUUGUUUGUUUUUUUAAAAAGAAAUAAACCAAUUAUGCACACA